CCUACACCACCCCUGUUCAUGUGUCCAAGACUAUACUAAUAUGUUUUUAUUCUUGGGGAGGAGCGAGAGAGAACAUUACGGGGGGAGCGUAUUGUAGAUUUGUGCUAGGUCGCAUACAUCAAGUACAUGUAGCUCUUGUAGGGGAAUACAUGUGGGAAUACAUGUAUUGUACAUACAUAGUAGGAAGGAGAAUACUACCUAGUAGGAACAAUUAGUAUGGGAGGUUUCCCCAUCAUUUGGUAAUAAAUAAAGUCUGCCACGCCCACCAAAGUUGGGAAAUCUUAAUACCUGUUAUCGUUACGUCCACCCUUCACUCUUUUUCAAUUCUGUGUAUAGUAACGGACUUUGGCUUGACCGGGGCUUCCAUUUACUGUUUGCAUUCCUUCUUUCCUUCCCUCCCCCAUUCCGCCCUUAGGCCUUCUCAAAUAGCCAAUAACCACCUUCUAUCGGCAUUGUCAUCCUCUCUCCCCCCUUUCGUGGGUGUUUCCAUUCACCAUGGCGACUUACGACGCUACUGCCAGCAGCGGCAGCAAGGAUGAAAAGGAUGCCGGCCUCCCCAGUUACUCGUCCCCGGAGCAUGGGGAAGAUGUCAUAAGAUCCGAGAACUGGGCCACGCGCAACGGUCUGAAUAUGGAGUCUUUCAAGAAGCGCGACUAUGGUGCCGGAAUUGUUGAGCUCGACCGGAGCAUGAAACCUCGACAUCUUCACAUGAUUGCCAUCGGAGGCUCAAUCGGUGCCGGCUUUUUCGUCGGUUCUGGAGGUGCUUUAGCCACAGGUGGUCCCGCAACUCUUCUGAUCGAUUUCUCUAUUAUUGGUAUUAUGAUGUUCAACGUCGUCUAUGCUCUCGGUGAACUCGCUGUCAUGUUUCCCGUCUCCGGUGGUUUCUAUACGUAUGCGACACGCUUCAUCGACCCUUCUUGGGGUUUCGCUAUGGGCUGGAAUUAUGUUAUGCAAUGGGCUGUCGUCGUCCCUCUUGAACUCACUGUCUGCGCUAUCUCGGUCGCCUAUUGGAAUUCAGAAAUAAGUCCCGCUGUCUGGAUUACCGUUUUCUACGUCUUCAUUAUCAUAGUCAACAUUUUCGGUACCCUGGGUUACGCCGAAGAAGAGUUUUGGUCUUCCAUUUUGAAACUUUCGGCGACCAUUGUCUUCAUGAUCAUUUCUUUGGUCUGUGUCCUCGGAGGCGGCCCGGAAACCGGCCGAUAUAGCGAAUACUAUGGCGCGCGACUUUGGUACGACCCUGGCGCGUUCCGCAACGGUUUCCGUGGCUUCUGCUCCGUGUUUGUCACUGCCGCGUUCUCAUUCAGUGGAACUGAGUUGGUUGGUCUUGCUGCUGCCGAAGCUAAGAACCCUGCCCGAUCACUCCCCGGUGCCAUCAAGCAGGUUUUCUGGCGAAUUACCCUAUUCUACGUCCUUGGUCUCACCUUUGUUGGUCUUUUGAUCCCUAGCAACGAUGAACAUCUAUUGAACUCCACUGGCUCCAGUGACGUUGCUGCGUCGCCGUUCGUCUUAGUUGGACAAUAUGCUGGUCUCAAUGGGUUCAACCAUUUCAUGAACUUCGUCAUCCUUAUCUCGGUCGUAUCUAUCAGUGUGUCCGGUGUAUAUGGUGGUAGCCGAACCCUUACCGCUCUCGCACAGCAAGGUUACGCUCCCAAGAUCUUCUCCUACGUCGAUCGUGGUGGUCGUCCCACAGCUUCGGUCGGUAUUCUUCUCGCUUUCGGUUUAUUGGCCUACCUUAACUUGGCUGCCGCUGGCCCGACUAUCUUCGACUGGCUGGUUGCUUUGUCCGGUCUCGCCGCGCUCUUCACUUGGGGCUCCAUCUGCUUGGCGCAUAUCCGAUUCCGCAGCGCUUGGGCAUACCACGGCCACACACUUGAUGAAAUUCCAUUCCAAGCUGCUGGCGGCGUGUAUGGAUCAUGGCUUGGACUUAUCCUUGUCAUUCUUGUUUUGAUUGCACAGUUUUACGUUGCCAUCUGCCCUCCUGGAGGUGGAUUUAAUACCGUCGAGGACUUCUUCAAGUCGUACCUCACCGUUCCCGUCGUCUUGGUAUUCUGGGCUAUCGGCUACUUCUGGAAACGUACCGGUUGGCUACGCACACACCAGAUCGAUGUGGAUACUGGCCGACGAGAAGUUGACUGGGAUGAGAUCAAUCAGUUCCGCGCAGAAUUGGCUGCAUUACCUGCUUACAGGCGCGCCUUCAACGUGUUGUUUUAGGUUAGGCUUGGAUAUUGGAGUAGGUGUUGCGUUUAAGUGAUGAUAUUCUUCGAAAAUAUUGGAAGAGAGAGAUGAACUCAGCAUAUGUGAAUAGAUGACUGUUUAGAUACCUGUAAAAAUUUGACCUUUUUAUCAUGACAAUUACUUGAAAGUUGCUUUUAUUCCGCAUGACGUAGUCGCUAUGAUAUGAAAGAACAUGCGUGAAAAUA